UCAUUCGCAGGCUUCACCCAAACCGCCUCGGACAUUUUAGGCUAUAAAACCUCGCUGAUUUCACAAUAUUAGGCCAUCAUUCAUUCAAGGCGAUUCUCAAUAUGGAUUCCGAACGGAUUCCUGCCGCAACCCGCUUUCCCACUGUCCCUCCCGCCUCGUUGUCCGCAGCCCAGAAGCCCGUACACGACCAUGUCACUUCAGUCUCCCAGUACGUUUUUGGAGAUAACCCACCUUUCGCGUGGGCCGACGGCGAGGGAAGCCUGAUAGGACCCUACACUUCCAUGCUGUACGCCCCGACUAUUGGCACUGCGUUCUUUGACCACGCAAUCAAAGUCGGUACCGAUCAGCGACUACCCAUACGUGUGAAAGAAAUUGCUAUUCUUGCGGUUGGGGGCCACUUCCAAGCUGCAUACGAAAACUAUGCACACGCGCGUCUUGCGAAGCUUUGUGGACUAAGCGAUGAACAAGUGGCAAGUGCUCUAGCAGGACGAGAUCCCAUACAAGGUCUUGCUGAUGCGGAAAUUACUGCUUAUCGGCUUGCUCUAGCGAUGGUUAGUGGGAAGGGACCGGUAAGUGAGGAGAUUUGGAGCCAGGUUAGACGCUAUUUUGGGCAAGAAGAGAGUGCUGUGUUGGUCUUUCUAAUUAGCUCAUAUGCUUACAUCGCCAUGGUGUUGAAUGCCGGGGCCGUGCCAGCGCCAGCGACGGCAACGGCAACGGCAUGAGCGGGUAUGACGGUAAACUAGCUCCUCCCGUAGUCGCCAACGAGGCUGAUUCGUGC